AGUGGCAGCACUCGUCCCGUUGAGUUACCCACCAGCGUGUGUCACAUGACGUCAUACCAAAAUCCACUGUAUCCAUCUGAUCUACAGGUGCAGUUAACGCUUGGAGCGCUGAGUCCUGGAUACCACUACGUCUACCAGGCCGGAGAAGAUGGGGUGCUGCUUUAGUAAGGAGCUCAACCCCGGCCUGCUGAAUGAGAGGAGCGGUCUGUUGCAACCCCCGCUCCACGAUGGGCUGAAUGAGGUGACGGAGCAGGUCAGACAACACGCUGGGGCUAUAGCUCAGCAUGUGUGCUUGGAUGAAGAGGAGACAUGUGUUGCAGAUGGAGUGGCUCACGGGAAGCCUCCGGAAGAUGAGGAGAGAAUAAAGGAACCGGACAACAAAGUUUGGACGGAGGCAGUACUUGUCAACAGUAACAGCACCACGUGCAGUGACAGCAAUCUUAAACCAGUGAGCACUCCUGAGGAGAAGAGAGCUAUUAUUGUCGCAACCAUCGCAAACAUACACACGGACAUGGACGCAGAGGCAGGCGCGACACACGCUGCCAGGCCCAGCUGUGGACCAGCUCCGUAUAUGGAGGUGCCCACACACAGUCCAGUCAAACAGAAGAUUAUGGAGAAUGCAGCACUCAGGGCUUCAUGGUUCCAUCAGCUGCCAGAUGGGCAGAAUCAGCACACACUGUUAAGCUGUUGGUCAACUCCUACCAAGGUACCCCCUGGAAACUGCUGGGGUAACAACACAGUGAGUGGUGACCUGCCAUCGGCACAGCAGCUGGUCAGUGGAUGUCAGGGGACUCGGCAGGAUUCACCGAAAGCUGAGCACAAGGAUGAGGACAGUGAGGAGGUCUGUGUCAUCUCAACAAUGCGUCAAAGCUUCGAAACGAGGACCCGGAACUUCUACAGCAUAUGUUCUAUUGACGCUGAUGACCUUGAGCGUGACCAUGUCUCCAGCCAGUCUCAAACAGCUGGAGCAACACAGUCACUACAUACAGCUGAAGUAGAAACAGCCGCUCUGCCUGACAUUGUGGAGUCUCCAGUCUCUAGCCAAUCCCACGAGGAGGCAUCCACAGCCUGUGACCAGUUGCAUGUCACAGAAUCUAAAAUGACCGGUCAGUCACAUGAUGAGGAAACAGCUCUGGCACAAUCACAUGUUGCCGAACAGUCUUCAACUGUCCUAUCACAGACUCUCUCAGACAACUUGCUCCCACCGGGGCAGAUAACCAUGCCCCAUCCUGUUUUAUGUACACAGAUGGUGAACCUUCAGUGUGACUUUCUGUCUUUAUCCAGCAAUCAAAUAAACAGUGAGGAACCUCAGGUGUCUGCACAGGACAACCCUCAGUCUGAAGAUCUGAAUUGCCAGACAACUGCACAGGAGACAGAUGAGUCUAAGGAUGAGAUAUUAAUGACAUCAGACACAGAUAAAAGUUCAUGUGUGGAGGGUGAGACAGUGAAGGGGUCAGAGGAGAUGAUACUUGAAGAGGAAUGUGUGUGUUUGGUGAAAAAGAUGGCAUACUUGGAGGACCAUGAAAGAGCAGAGACACUUCUCAGUGCCACAGAAAAAACAGUCGUCAGAUUCCAGGAGGAAGAGUUGAAUCAGGGUGUGGAUUCUGAUUUUAACAAUCUAGACAAUCAUCUGCACGAGUCUGACUUGUUAGCAGAGCAGCACAUCCAAAGUUUGCAACCAACGACAAUUGAAAAUCCUGAACUGCAUACUUCAGAGGAUAGUCAGAGAUCUAGUGCUCCAACAGUUGGCCUCAUCCUCAAUCUGCUGCAGAAGGAGGAGGUUGCUUUGCCUCUGCCUGAAGGACAGAUUAAGAUAGAUAAAUCCUCACUCCAAAAUGAGGCCAUCCCUGUGAGUAUCUGCAGAAGCCACAGUGAGGAGGGUGAUGUUGGUCACAGCAGCACAGCAGAUACAACUCUUACCGAAGUGUCCUCAGUAUCCACUGUCUCACCUGUGUCGUCUCUGCCCAUUGAACUGGCUGCCCUUUCCUACCACUCAAAUCCAAUACCUCUCUCAGAUGUAAAAUCCACAUCUCACCAGUGUGACUCAAUCACACCUGACAAAUUAGAUGUUAAUUCAAACGACCCAACCUUUGAAUUGAGUAGAAUUGAGCCUCCUAGACACGAUGUUAAACCUGAAUUCACUGAAUCUGAGCAUGUUGAUGCCAGGUUUGAUGACUGUGACAAACAACUUGACAGUUCUGAUGUUAAACCUGAAGGGGUAUUGGCCUCUCUUAAAAGUGACUCAGAUGAGCCUUUUCAGGAUAUGAGCGGAGAUGACAGACGGGCAGACAAAAACCCAAAACCAGAAACUUGUGAGCUGAGAAAGCAUGUUGACAAAGGUGAUGUUACAGCUGAAAACACCUCUCGCCUAGAGACAAGUGAUGAAACAUGUGACCUGUUGUCAGAUUCUUGUGAUGGAAGUAUGGCUGUAAAUACAAGAACUACUCUGAAUGACCCUGAAGAUCCUGAGCGAGGCUUUGAAGAUGCCAGUCUCAGCCCACUCGCACAGCCUCGUCUUACUGAAAGCGAGCUUUCUGACACUUUCUCGACUCCUCUUUACUCUUCCUUGUAUCCAAGCAAAUCUUCUGAAGAAACCAAGCAUCAUUUUUGUGCAGAGACUGAAGCUGAUGCUACUGAGAGUGGAUGCAGACAAACAGAACUAAAUGUAAACCCACCAGAGAAAGCAUUCAUGUAUGAGUGCGAGGGCGGAGAAGAGACAACACCUGUACAAGGGACUCAGAUUGAUCUGCCCCUCACUUUGUCAGUCGAGCAUGAAUCUGCAGAUACAGUAGAACAGCACACCUGCAAUCCUCAAAUAGCCUCUGAACCCCCAGAAUUAUUAAUCUCCAGUGUUGCCUCGGACUAUGUGAACCCUGAAGUCAGCAUUGGCCUGCAGCAAGGCACUGCUGACUGUUUACUUCAAUCUGGAGAUGCAUCAAAUGGAUUUCACUCAGUGGAAAUGAAUGAGAUGAAAAUGCACGUGUCACUAGAGGAGUACCCGGCACUUGAUAAUGAUGUUCCUCCAGAAACUGACAUUAUUUCAGCUACUGAGACACCAUCCCAAAGCGUCAUGGUACCUGCUGACACAAGCAUCUGUGGCUCAUACGUGAUUUCUAAUGACUCCGGCUGUCUGGGUGACAAAGCCUCGGUGUCUUACUGCCAGGAGGACCCCACCAUGACUGUUGUGGACCCAGGUCAGAUUGAUGUUUAUGCCUCAACGCCGUCAUAUGAGAUUCACUCCCUGUGUCAACAGCCUUCAGUGACUGUUGAGGAGGGGGAGAGAGAGAGAGAGGGAGGGAUGAGGGAGAUGGUGUCUGAGCUGCUGGGAGAGGAUGCAGACUCCUCCGUCUGCCACCUCUAUCCCCAGCCCUGGAUCAAGCUGGGUCUGGAGGAGAGCUGUGGGGGGUGGGCCCAAGGUUCAUGUGAGGCUCAGCCCUGCCAGGGUGAGAGCAAGCCGGGCACCGACUCACAGGAGAUCCCGGCCUUGGUCUCAGAGCUCCAGCCUUCUAUGGCUCUGCUGGGAGCUUACCCCUACAGCACUGUGAUGCCUGAGGGACCCUGUGUGUGGGACUGGCACACAGAUUGCACUCAGUCUGGACUUGUUGCUGCCCCAAGCCUUAAUCCUGAUGCUGAGGUAUGGACCAAUCCCAACUUUAACUUGGACAUUUGUGGCCCCACCUACCUGGAGCCUCAGCAGCCAUGGGUGCACUUCACCAAUGAUCUGACCAGUCAUGAAGGAUACAUGCCAGAGAUCCAGUUGGAGAGUGUGGGCCUAACUGAGGCUGUGGCUGAGGGAGAUCCCAGCACACUAGAGUACCAGGUGUUUAGUGGUGAAGCCCCUAUAGAUAAUGAAGAGCACAGUGAUCCACCUGUCACAGAUGACAUCAGACAACAGCUGAGGGCAGUUUUGGAGUCCUGUCUGACCAGGGAGCACCUUGGCAACGACCUGUAUCUCAUUUCUCAGAUGGACAGCGACCAGUAUGUUUCCAUUCAAACUCUGGCCGGCCUUGACAUUAUCAAGAAUAUCAGCACAGACCUGGACCUGAUCUCCGACAUUUUGAAAUCCCUGCCGAUGAUCCAGUUCUCUCCAUGUGGACAGAAGGUCCGACCGAGGCAGAGUCGAUGUGUUGUCAUCCUGCGUGAGAUCCCGAGCAGCACACCUCGGGAGGAGGUGGAGGCUCUCUUUGAAGGGGACAACCUGCCUAAGUUCCUGAGCUGUGAGUUUGUGAGCAAUGAUAACUGGUUCGUCACUUUCAAAUCGGAAACCGACGCUCAACAGGCCUACAAGUACCUCAGAGAAGAGGUUCGGGUGUUUAAAGGAAAACCGAUCAUGGUGAGGAUAAAGGCAAAAACUAUGGCCAUCACUUCCUAUGCUCCAAAGAAUGGCUACAGACCUGUGCCGCUGGACCAGUGUGCCAGUCAUUACAGCUACUUCCCCCCAAACACCUACCAGCAGCCCUGCCCCACACACCUGCCAGCACAGAAGCUGUAUGAGUUCACCAACGAGGUAUGGACUUCUUCAGCAACAGGAUACCAAGAAUGUGCAGAGCCUGCAACAUUGAUGAAUGAUUUCAUGAAUGGAUUCACAGCAGCUUCCGGUUUCAAACCUCACAUGCCACACAGGCAGAGGAGAGGCUCAAAGUGGUCAAACUCUGGAGACCGCUGGCAGUCCAAUCACAAUGGUUCUUUACACUUGCCAGAUCAAGCACCAGGGGAGCGUUCCUUAUCUCUUACAAAGCCGGGUCGAGGGCGAUCGCGUGGGAACGUGCGACGUCCAAGUAGAGGUGGAAGGAUGGAACCCAACAAGCAAGUAGUGUCACCCACUGGUGAUGGGGGAAAGAGAGGAAACUUCAGCCAGAGGAGGAGAGAGAACUCAAAGUCAUGGGACAAGUCUGCUGGAAACAACAAUAACGCACCAAGUCAGUCUCCUCCUCGUCAGCCAUCUCCUCCUCUUGAGCUCGGCCCGACGAGCUUCCCUCCUCUUCCUCAGGCAAACACUGCCAUAGCAACGGCACCUGCAGCUAACGGCAGUGUCAAGCAGAAUCCAGACAGUAGCAGUGGUUUAUGUGUAUCAGUGUCACAAGAGCCUCAAGCAGUCACACCACCGAAUGUGAAGGAGUGUGCAGAGACGAGCAGUGAGGCCAAACCAGCUCAGCCUGCACAGCAAUCAGUCGCAGAGUCCAAGAAGCUGAGCUAUGCUGAGAUCUGCCAGAAAGCAUCAUCCAAUGAGCCGGUGCCGCCCGCUGACCACGCCUCUUCAGAGGCAGAGCACAUCCUGGCCUAUCCUGGCCAAGUGUCCAAACCAGCUCUGUUGCCACAGUGAUCAUACUGGGAGGAGCAAAAACACUCAAGAGCUUUUUGUCCCAGGGUGUCAUAAGCUGAAAAUGUAUUAAUGUACCAUCCUAAUUACAUAACAGAGCUGCAUAUUUACUAUGAAGUGUAGUCUGCGUGUACAAAGUUAUGCGGCAUGAAGGUUACAUUAAGCACCAGCCUUUAAAUCAACUACAUUUAGGUCCUUAUCUUAAGUAACUGAAGUUAAUUUACUUAACCCUUCGUGAAUACUACUGACAUGUACUCAAGUGAGCUCUGGCUGGGAGUCUGUAUGCUGGCUGGUUCAGAACAGGGCAGGCUGUUGUGGGUUUGGGGUAACAGUCCACUCAGGAUGUUUAAGUUAUCUUUUCAGUUUUUAGAGAGGACAUUGGAAAGAAUCUGUAAAUGUUGAUCUGUUAGUUUCUGUUAUGCUUUGUUUCUUGGUUUGUAGUUCAGAUCAGUUUGAGAGCCAGGUUCCAUUUUGAUUUAGUUUUGUUUUGCUUAUGGCGCUGGCACUUCUUUUCCUGCCGUUUGUGUGUGUUUGAUGGUUUCUCUCUGUACAGGAUGUUCCGCCAUUUUUUUUCCAUACAUCUGUGUUAUUCUUUAGUCUACAGGGCCGCUGUGGGCGCACAUGAUGCUUUUCUCUAAAUAUUAGUCCUAGUCACCCUGUUUGUUUCCAUUCUCAGAUGUUGGGGAGAUGUCCAGGCCUGUAAUGAACCAAGAUCCAGUAUGUAUUAGUGACUAUUUCCCCUUGAGAAUCACUGAAUAGAACACCGAAUGGUUUAUCUUGGCAUGAUUUUUAAUUUAAUUUUAGAAUUUAAUUUAUGUCAUUUUUAUUUAUGUUAAACAGGAGUGUUUUGUGCGUUAGAUCUCUAGUCUCGCCUAUAUAGAGAGAAGAGUUUAGUUGAUUUACUUCAGUGUCACAAGGUCCAAUGUUCUGGACACAGGAGGACUCAUUUCAUAUUCUGGCUAGGUGUAGUAGUUCCUCAGUGUCUGUAAACAAGAACUGUUUCGGCACAAAGAACUUGAACCGUAUUUGAGAACUUGAAUUUGAUUGCACAAAGUCCAGGGCUCUUAUGUUGAAAAUAUAACAUUUUAAAUGUCAAACAGUUGUCAUGGAGAAAGAGCAGGCAUGGUUGUGGCACAUGUUACUUUAUCUGUACAGAUGUACAUAUUAAUAUAAUUGAAGAAAUAUUAAAGAAGUGCCUUUGAAGUUAAAAA